AAAAUGUCUGCUUUGCGAGUAUCAGAAAUUUAGUUAUUUAGUUAUCAUAAAUGCCGUAUUAAGUGUAAAUUAACAUCAUUAGAGAUAUAAGCCUUAACGAAAAUGGAAUACACAAUUGAAACAGAUAAUAAAGAAGUUGGUGAUCAGAUAUCGACUUUUUGAUGUGAAUCUCUCAGACUAUAGUGUAAUGAAUGUAGUGUAUGUCAUUAAAAGUUGAGUGAGUGAUAGCCUUCAGGAUGUCUGAUGAAGAGGAUUCCUCGCCUGAUAGGGCUUUAGUGCCUACCAACAAUGUACCAGUGUUGGGCAUCAAACGUCUCAAGCAGAUCGAGACGAUGUUCGUGUCACGGCGUCUGCAGGGCCCUCGGAGUAAUGGCUUCAGUGCCGAGACGUUGCUUGACAUGCUGCUUGUUCUCUACGAUGAAUGCUGCAACAGCAGCCUGCGCAGGGAGAAAGCCGUCGCUGACUUCAUACAAUACGUAAAACCCGUGGCUACAACACUGAAGCGACUCAGGUUAUCAAGAGAUGACUUCGAACUGGUGAAAGUUAUUGGCAGGGGCGCAUUCGGUGAGGUUUGCGUUGUACGGGCCUCUUUUAUGCAAGGCACUGAUGGCGGAGGUAACAUGGCGGCCGCUAGCGGUGGCACUGUAUCCUCAACUACCGGCGAGAGAGUCUACGCCAUGAAGAUAUUGAACAAGUGGGAAAUGUUGAAACGAGCUGAAACUGCGUGCUUCCAAGAAGAGAGAGAUGUUCUAGUAUUCGGGGAUAGGAGAUGGAUUACGAAUUUACAUUACGCCUUCCAAGAUGAACAUAAUCUGUACCUGGUGAUGGACUACUACUGCGGCGGUGAUCUGCUGACGCUGCUGUCCAAGUUCGAAGACCGUCUGCCUGAGGACAUGGCCAGGUUCUACAUCGCGGAGAUGGUGCUCGCUAUACAGAGUGUGCACGAACUCAGAUAUGUACACAGAGACAUAAAGCCUGACAAUGUCUUACUGGAUGCAAGUGGACACAUCAGAUUGGCAGACUUCGGUUCCUGUCUCAGGCUGGGUGAUGAUGGAAAGGUACAAAGUAAUGUGGCAGUGGGAACACCAGAUUAUAUAUCGCCAGAGAUACUAAGGGCAAUGGAGGAUGGCCAAGGACGUUAUGGUCCGGAAUGUGAUUGGUGGUCAUUAGGUGUGUGUAUGUACGAGAUGCUGUUCGGUGAGACGCCGUUCUACGCGGAGUCGCUGGUGGAGACGUACGGCAAGAUCAUGAACCACGCGCGCUGCUUCCACUGCCCGCCGCCAGAUGACCUCGCAGCGCAAGUAUCAGAAGAGGCUAAAGAUCUGAUACGACAAUUGAUCUGCUCCUCAGAAAACAGGCUGGGAAAGAAUGGGUUGCAAGAUUUUAAGAGCCACCCGUGGUUCGCCGGCCUGGAGUGGGACAACGUGCGGGAGAUGCAGGCUCCCUUUGUACCUGACGUCUCCAGUCCCACUGACACGUCCAAUUUUGAUGUCGACGAUACGGAUAUAAGACUUUCAGAAGCUGUACCUCCUCCUCCGCCGUCUGCAGCAUUCUCUGGACGUCAUCUGCCCUUCGUAGGAUUUACUUUUACUGCGGGCUCUCGCUUGUCAGAUCUAGGCGCACCUACACCGCUCAGUCCAGCUAAGAAUGCACCUAGUCAGGCUCCAUCUAAUGCUGGUGAUCGCGCGGCGCUCAAAGCAUUGGAAAGAGAGAAUGCUUUGUUAGCUCAGACUAUAGCUGAGCUGAGGGCAGGCGGAACCGGGUUAGAUGCUAGUAGUGAAGAACUGAUCCAAUUGAAAGAAGAAAUAGCGACAUUAUCAAAAAGGAACAGCGAACUUGAGGCACAAUUGAGAUGUAACGACCAACUGACUACAGGCGUUACUACUACGGAUUCCAGUACUCCACAAGAUUUGCCAACUCGGCUGAGAGAGUUGGAACUGUUAGUUGCGUCUUUGAACACUGAGAAAGAUGAAUUACUUAAAGAUAAGACUGAUGCAUUUGAAAAAUUGAGAUUGCAGGACAAGGAGUUAAAAGACGCGUUGUCUCAAUGCAAGCUCGCAAUGGCGGAGUACAACGAGGUGUCGGAGAGGCUCUCGGAACUCAGGCAACAGAAGCAGAAGCUGUCGCGACAGGUUCGUGAUAAAGAAGAGGAGUUGGAAGUAGCGAUGCAGAAGAUAGACGCGCUGCGACAGGAUAUACGUCGUAGUGAUAAAGGUCGCAGGGAACUGGAGGCAAGGCUGGAUACUGCCGUCGCUGAGGCUACUAAGGAGCGCAAGUUGCGUGAGGAGACGCUGAGGUCGCAGCGUGAGGGAAUGGCCGCCGCCACCGGACCAGCGGCUGAUGUUGCCAGGUUACAGGCAGAUGUUGAGGCGUUAGAGCUGCAGUACAAGGAGUCGUUGGCGCAGCAACAGGCGCGGUACAACGCGGAGCUGACUGCUCUCAGAGAACAGCUGCAGGAGGGAGACGCCGUCAGGAACGUGCUCAAUAGAGAGCUACAAACAUCAAAAGAAAAGUUGGAGAGUCGCAGGCUGGAGCAGUUAUCUGAUAGCGAGGACAAGCAGAUGCUUAUCAACGACAAUAGGAAGCUGGCUAAAGAUCUAGAUGCUAUGGCUGAGAACGGCAGAAGAUGGCAGACGGAGAGGAGACAAAUGGAGAUGGAGUUGGAAGAGUUACGAGCGAAGAGAGAUACAAUGCAGCAUUGGGAGACACAGAUAGCUGAUAUAAUUCGUUGGGUUGCGGACGAAAAGGAAGCCCGAGGCUACCUUCAGGCUCUCGCCACCAAGAUGACUGAGGAAUUGGAUUAUCUCAAACAUGCUAGUUCAGGUCGGUCUGGUAUCGUACCGCCGUCGUCUCCUCCAGCAGUGGGCGGUGCUGGAGGUGUGGGGGGCGGGGCUGGGGGAGGAUGGCGCAACAGACGCUCGCAGAAGCUGGACAAGAUGGAGAUCCUCACGCUGCAGUCGUCGCUGCACUCAGAGAUACAGGCGAAGCAGGCGGUGGGCGAGGAGCUCAGCAGGACCAGGGCGGAACUGCUCGCCAGUCAGAGGGAGCUGAUGGAGACACGUCAACGUCUGGAUACGUUGGCACACGACAUGAAGCGCAAGGAGCAGCACAUCCGCGACAUGCAGGCCAAGCUGGACACUCCUGUGCAGCCUGGCAACUCAUCGAGGCAAGGAUCUGCCAAAUCUUCGACGUAUUGGAGCGGCAAAGAAGAGAAUGUUUUGGACCGUCCACCAUCUCAGAUGAGUUAUUUGGAUCAGUUCCUAAAAGACGCACCUACAGAGAGGCAUUACGACAAUGUAGCCUCUAUGAACAACGAACAGAAGAUGUCGCCGCAAUACCGUUACAGAAAUGCUCAGCAUUGUUGCAAUGUUAAGAUGAUGUACGGUUCACAGCAGUCGACCGCUCUGAGCGGGUCUGCGGAGUCGCCGGACGAGUUGGAGCAGCGCGCCGCUUCACCCGCAUCCAGUAAGAGCUCGCCCAGUGAAAUGUCCACGGAUCCAUCUCUGGGUCCAGGCGGCAAGCAGAAGAUCCAUCAGUUCCUUGUAAGAACAUUCAGUAGUCCCACCAAAUGCAAUCACUGCACUUCGCUCAUGAUCGGUCUGACACGUCAAGGCGUGGUGUGCGAGACGUGCGGGCUGGCAGUGCACACGCGGUGCUGCUCCCGCGUGGCCGCGCGCUGCCCGCUGCCGCCGGAGCGCAGCCGCAGACCUCUCGGCAUUGACCCCGCACGCGGACAGGGCACUGCUUACGAGGGAUAUGUUAAGGUACCAAAGCCGGGCGGAGUGAAGAAAGGUUGGAUGCGACAAUUUGUUGUCGUCUGCGAUUUCAAACUAUUCCUCUACGAUAUUUCACAAGACAGAAACGCGUUACCAUCAGUAUGUGUGAGUCAAGUACUGGACAUGAGGGACCCGGAGUUCAGUGUGACGUCAGUGAAGGACUCUGACGUCAUACACGCCAGCAAACGAGACAUACCCUGCAUAUUUAGGAUAUCAACAUCACAACUAGAAGGUGGCAAGCGUUACCACACACUGAUGCUGGCGGAGUCUGAGAGUGAGAAGACUAAAUGGGUGGUAGCUUUGAGUGAACUUCAUAGGAUAUUGAAGAGGAACAAUCUACCUGACAAGUGUGUGUACUCGGCGUGCGUGUUGGGAGACGCGAGCGGUGCCCUGGUGCGCGGUGCUGCGUGCGCGUGCGUGUUGGAGCGCGGCCGUGUCUGUGUCGGCGGAGAGCCGGGACUGGCGCUGAUAGACCUCGAGCGAGCUGAGCUGGUCCCGCGCAGAGCACACGCCCCCGUCGCCAGGAUGAGAUAUGUACCUCAUGAACAGCUCCUAGUUGUGAUAGCUGGUCGCGGACGUCAUGUACGUUUAGUACCGAUCCGUGCUCUGGAGUGUCCGGAGGUGGAGAGUGUGAAGUUGGCGGAGGCAAAGGGUGCAGUUGACCUCGCUGUGGGUGAACUUAGUGCAUCUACAUACGGAUUUGCUGUUGUAUGUAAACGACAGAAUUCGUGGGUGGUAUACGUGUACGAGAUAACUCGUACUGCCGCACGGAGACGUCGCGUGGCUGAGCUGCGCGCACCUGGCGCAGUGCUGUCGGUACAACUGAGCCGCGCUCGCCUCGUGCUCGGCUACAGAGGUGGAUUUGCUGCGCACGCGCUGCCUGAACCUCGUCGUGCUCAGGACCAACCUGCUGUCUCUCUAGUCCACCCGGAGAACCAGGUGAACAUGUUCCUGUCACACUCCGGGGCGCGGCCGCUGUGCGCUGUGCAGGCGUCGGGCGGUGACUGGCUGCUCGUGUUCAGUGCACUCGCGCUGUACGUAGACCGCGCCGGCAUGCGCGCCAGAGACGCAGAGAUCAUGUACACCGCGCAGCCGCUGUACCACGCUAUCAAUGAUACUCACUUGAUGAUAUUCACCUCAUCUCAUAUCGAUAUCUACGAGAUUGAGUCUGGCGAGUGGGUGCAGACGCUUAACUUACCGAAUUCCCGUCCACUCGACGAGUGCGGGUACAUUGUGUGCGUCGGUGGUGCGGGGAGCAAUGGAUUCCCAUUCUCUUCAGAUUCAGCGCCGUUUAUUGUGUACUUACGACCGCUGUUUACAGAGGGUCCACUAAACCUGGACACAACGUCUUGGGGCAGCAACAAGCGCAGGUUCUCAGUGCGGGAACAGUCGCACCAGGCCAUUGAGGCGCAUAACAGAUUAUCAGAGCGUAGGUCCCGUCUCAUCUCAGCGCCUACGAACUUUGCCCACGUGUCACACAUGGGCCCCGGCGACGGUAUCCGCUCACAGCGGCUGCUCGAUUUGCCCACCACACUCGAGACCGCCGACGACCAUCACCAGCAGUUGUACGGCAGUCGGGAUAGCAGCAAGCGGACGUCGCCGCUCACAAUAUCGCAUGGCACCGGAUCUUAUAAUGGGUCAUGGCGGCGUCGGGAUACAACUGAUGGUGCCGGAGAUACGAUGACACGAGCCAUGGACAGGUCUAUUGGUGGAGGGUCACAAGGAAGUGGCUCCUUAUUGGAGAGGUCUAUAACUCCGCUCAGUCUGGGCAGCAUGAGCUCUCUACACGAUGUGCUGAAGGUGGGCACCGAUAUGGGCGAAGGCCUACACUCUGAGGACAGCAGCUGUGGCGCUUCGCCCCCACAUCCUAUGGACCCUUGAUGAAAUCAGUUGGACGCCUACUGGGGGAUAGACAUGUCUCGUUUUUACGCAUGUUUCUGUUGAAAACAUCGUAAUAUAUGAAGAAA